UCUUCAUUCUAGCUAUGGGUGUUGCUGUUGAAUCUACUCGAUUUCAUGUUCUUGCUGUUGAUGAUAGCUUCAUCGAUAGGAAAUUGAUCGAGCGCCUCCUCAAAACCUCGUCCUAUCAUGUUACUGUUGUUGAUUCCGGCAACAAGGCCUUGGAAUUUCUUGGUCUUGUUGGAGAUCAUGAUGAUGAUGAUGAAACCGACUCCGAAAUCGCUCCCUCAAAUCAUCAUCAAGAAGUGGAUGUAAAUUUGAUCAUCACGGAUUACAGUAUGCCUGGAAUGAGCGGCUACGAUCUCCUCAGGAAGAUCAAGGAAUCGAAAUCUCUUAAAGACAUACCAGUUGUGAUUAUGUCCUCUGAGAAUGUACCUUCAAGAAUCAACAGAUGCUUGGAAGAAGGAGCGGAAGAAUUCUUCCUCAAACCAGUCCAAUUGUCUGACGUGAGGAAACUGAGACCUCAUUUGAUUAAAGAAAAAUCCACAAGAAAUUGAUGAACAAGAACAACGAAGAACUCCGCCACUAAUUUUAAUUCCGAUUUUAAUCAAUUCUGUAAAGAACUAGAGUUGUUCUAACCACAGAUUUUCUUGGGAAACUAACAAAAAUUGUAUAGAUCUGCGGUUCAAUUUUGCCUGAUAAUUUAUCGAAUAAUUUUUCAUUUUUCUAUUUUUCACCUUAGCUUGUUAGUUUUUUCUGAAAUGAAACCAAUAAUUAAUAUCAGAUCUCAUCUUGAUUUGUUA